AUGUCGAGGUCCAUCACCAAGGGGCAGCAGCGCACCACUGACGUGGUCAGUGGUGCUCGAAAUGGAUUAACUAGCGGCGGCACCGGCGGUAGCGAUGGUACGACCAGUUUCUCGAAAUCUAAAGCAGCGGCCAUCUUCACCAAGGGGCAGUUCUACACAGCCGAGGAGCUGCUACCGUACAUCAGCGAGGAGGAGAAGGCGACCCUGAAGCAGGAGGUGCUCAAUAGCAUCAACACUGAGCUGCUGCUCAACACAGAUCUUGAGGUGACUGUGCCACGUCUGCUGAGGUCGUGCCAGAACGAGUCACGUGAGCUUCGGCGCGCUAUGAACUCCAUCGCCUUCUCCCAAAUUGUGGAGGCCCAGCGCGCACUGCAGAUUGUGAAGAACAACUACGGUAAGGUGCAGGAGCUGCGGGAACUGUUUCUCAAACAGGGCGACCUAAUUCAAGGCCUCGGUGCCGACACGCUCAGCUACAAGCACCUGCGCCAGUUGCACUGCCUGCGCGACAACGUCAGCUCCGUUAUCACCUGGUCGGAGGCGCUGAAGGAAGUGCGCUACGGAAAUCUGUACGUACUGGUGGAGCAGCAGUUAUUUCGAUCCAUGUACGACCGGCUGCGAAAACUGCAGCUCAUCCGCCGCACAGUUAUCACAAAGGCUGGUGCGCGCUACCGCAGCUUCCAGGCGGUGUUCGAGCCGUACUUUGAAAAGCUAGACGUCAUCUUGUCCAUGUUUGUGAAUGAAGUCUACAAGUUCCUGCGUGAGGACGCGAUGCUGAUUGCAAUUCAGAGGGCACUUGAGGAUGACCCGUCCGAUGGUGCCUUACACAGUGGCAUGAGCUUCGCUGGUGGCGGCACGAGUAAUGGCAACGACGAGGCACCAGAGCCGUUUGAGUCUCUGCGCCAGUGCAUCGCCAUCUGCAGCGAUGAAAUUGAGAGCCCCGUCUUGAACUUUGGUAGCGACGGCGUAGAGACGGAGUCGCAGAUAAACGUGGACGCCGUCUACUCAGCUAUGGCGAAGGGCAUUGCCCAGCUGUGGGAGGAGCAGAUCAUGCAGGAUGUGACGGACCCUUUCGGCCAGAUCUCUCUCUAUCUGGAGCAAAUCAAGAAGGUGGAGCCACUGCUCGGUGCCUUCGAGCUCACGCUGUUUCCACUCUCCACUAAACUCCCAGUUUUCAGCCUCGUCGUGCAAGCUGUGCAUGCCGAGGUGAUGAAUGUGAUGCAUGGCUUUGCUAACUCAGGCACCGAGCUCGAGGCCAACGACCUCAUCGAGGCGUCGCUUUUAAUUCAGUGGUAUCAGGAGAUGAUGGUGACAAACAGCUACGCCCAGUACGUCGACCUCUCCGCGACUGAUGAAAUGUCGGCGUCCUUCAUGACAGCGGCUGUUGGUGGCUUGUCGGCGCACUUGACGCGACUCUGCCGCGCGUGUGCCAUAACAGUGUGCAGCGACCCGAAAGGCCCCACUAUUCUUCCCUCUGGCCUCCCUAUUACGACCGGACCGGUGGAUGUGUUCAGUGUGUUGCAGCAGUCUCUGGGUGGACUGAACACCUCUAUUGAUGUGACUGUCAUGCGAAAAAUUGGCAAGGCGUGCGCCGACUCUAUCUCCGCCUACCUUGACGAGUGCAAGCAGCGCAGCGACUUUGACUACUGGGAGGACGACAACAACUCGCUUCCGAGCCCGCAGCCGGCUGAGGAGUGGCAGCAGCGACGCAUGCUUUUCCUCUACGCCUUCUGCAACGACUGCAGUACUAUUGAAAGCAAUCUCGACACGGUGGAGCUCAAGUUUGCGUCGUGCUGGGACUAUGACAACUCCGGCGGCAGCGAUGACCAUGGUGACGGCAAAUCUGCGGGGGCUGGCGGUGAUGAUGGUGACACCUCCUCUACACCCUUCCAGAAGGUGCAGAAUGCGCUGCUGAAGGACGCGUUCUACUACCUGGAUGAGAUUGCCGCGCAGGUGGAGCGGAUUGUGGAUGGCCAGUGGGUGAAGGUGUUCCGAUCGGAUGAGUGGUACACCGAUGCAACCAACCCGGUGCAGCUCAUCGUCAACACCGAAGCGGAGUACAUUGACGAGGAGUUCGUGACCAUGCUACAGGAGCAGCGCUCUCGCAAGCUCACGCGGCAGAUGCUUAUUCGCAAUGUUGUCAAGUACAUCAACACCCUCGUCGAGUUCCUGGCCGACGUGAUUCGAAGCCCAAAGAAAAACACAGUGAACAGUUGGCUCGCCUUUGUGGACGGCGUGCAACGUGACAUGGACAUCUCCAUCACCAUGUGGAGUGAGCACAUAUCGGACCAGCAAGGCCGGCUACUCGACCUCGCACGCCGCGCGCUGGAUGUCAUGAAGCAGCUGCUCUCCGUAAAAAGGCCGGUCGACUUUGGCUAUCUCCUGCAGGACAAGCUGCUCGACGACUUCGGUGACUGCCCGACGUUUGUCAUCCGCUUCUGCUUUGAGGCGCGCAGUCAGGAAAUCGACUACGAAACCCGUGAGCGGCUCAUGGCCGUUUGGGAAGAGCGGACCACCUACCAGAAGCGCGACAAGAAGGAUAUGCCUACUGUGGGCUGGAGUCAGGCGCCAUCGUUUCUCGGUAACGUUGACCGCUCCCUCGCAGAGCUUGAUAAGCCAUCCGGUUUCUUCGGUCGCAGCACCAAGAAGAAGCGCGCUGCGGAGCAGCAACAGAAGGUGAUGCAGGAAAAGAGUGCGAAACGGGCGGCCCGCCAGGCUCGCCGUGACGCAGACACUGCUGCGACGAAGCUUAUUGUGCCGAUGGCAACUCCCAAAGCCAACGCCGGCGCUGUGGAAGUUGUCUCCCUGGCGGAUAUCUUGAAGUGA